GGAAAUAACCGACGACAUCCGGCAUCCGCCGAAGGGAGCUUCGGCGGCUCAUCCGUAAGCUACGGAGACACACGAAGGUUGCCUCGAAGCAAAACUCGGGCGAGGAGCCAUCAUGGCGGACCAGGUCGCGCAGCUCCGGGCGGAUGGCAUCCAGAAGCGGUUGGUGCAGGAAGGCCGAGGGCCCCUACCAGAUUACCAGGAUGGUACCAAGGUGACCUUCCACUAUCGCACACUGCUCUGCAGUCCAGACCAGCGAGUCUUGGAUGACAGCCAUACCCGAGGGAAGCCCAUGGAGCUAAUCAUUGGCAAGAAAUUCAAGCUGCCUGUUUGGGAGACUAUCCUGCACACCAUGAGAGAGGGAGAGGUGGCUGAGUUCUUGUGUGACACAAAGCAUGUGGUCUUGUACCCAAUGGUGUCAAAGAGCUUGAGGAACAUUGCAGCUGGGAAAGAUCCUCUGGAGGGACAACGGCAUUGCUGUGGCAUUGCUCAGAUGCAUGAGCAUCACUCCCUGGGUUACCCAGACCUUGAUGAGCUACAGCAGAACCCCCAGCCCCUCAUCUUUGCCAUUGAGAUGCUCAAGGUGGAAGUUCCUGGCACAUACCGGCAAGAUCCUUGGGCCAUGUCAGAUGACGAGAAAGUGAAGGCCGUGCCCCUGAUCCACCAGGAAGGCAAUGAGCUCUACAAGGAAGGCAAAGUGCAGGAGGCAGCUGCCAAGUACUACGAUGCCAUCGCUUGCCUCAAGAACCUGCAGAUGAAGGAGCAGCCCGGAUCCCCAGAUUGGAUCCAGCUGGACCAACAAAUUACCCCUUUGCUGCUGAAUUACUGCCAGUGUAAGCUGCUGAACGAGGAGUAUUACGAGGUGCUGGAUCACUGCUCCUCUAUUCUCAACAAAUAUGAAGAUAACGUCAAAGCCUACUUCAAGCGAGCCAAGGCCCAUGCUGCUGUUUGGAAUGCAACCGAAGCGCAGGCUGACUUUGCCAAGGUCUUGCAGCUGGAUCCGUCGUUGGGCCCUGUGGUCGCCCGGGAGCUGCGUAGCCUGGAGACCCGCUUACGUCAGAAAGAAGAUGAGGACAAGGUCCGUUUCAAAGGCAUAUUCUCCCAGUAGCCACGAUGCCGCCUGCUGCUGUCCCACUUGGGACAGCUGAGGCUUUGCUGUCAGCGCCCUAGGGCCAGGCAGCACCAAUGGACCAUGCGACUCCUUGGCUCAGGGCUAGUGUGGCCCUCCCCUUUGCACAGAUAUUGGGGGAGCCGCCCUUUUUUGUCAGCAAAGUAUGUUGCCUCUGUGCAAAUAGCAGUAUUUGCCAAAGGGAAGAGGGAGAGGGAAGGGAAGGCUUUCUGAUUUCCCAGGCCAAAGAGGAAUGUGUCUGCCAGAUUAGGUGUGAGCCUCUUUAUGUUAUCCCUCCAAGUGACCCUUUACCCUGUUCCAUUGCACACGGUGCCUUUUCCUGUGUUGCUCAUGAAGAGAGAAACUUUGCUUGUGUGAGAGCUGCCAGGAGAUACUGUGAGGUUUGCUUUGUGUUGUGGGCCAAGGCUUCCUUUCCAUCCCGCCAUCCCCUCCUGCUGUUAGGGAGCA